UCUGUCCAGUUCCAUUUUCACAUCGAGAGCGAACAAUUUCGAGCGCGGGAAGCAUAAUUGUGACAAUCGUCUUAGAAAGCAAAUACAAUUCGGUGCGCACAUCUAGCUGUCACAAUUGCAGUCGAGUCAAACGAUUUGUGUCGGCGAUUGAGUGGAAUUCAAAGUGCAAAACGCCGAAAAAGCCGUCGAGAAAAGCAACAACACACAGGGCCGCCGUGCAUGUGUGUGUGUGGUACAGUUGGGUAGAAAAACAUCGCCAUCGCGCGUUGCCACCUGGUUGCGCUGCCGCCUCUCUCCUUCUUUUUUUCCGCCGUUUGCUUUGCUCUGCGCCAACAGUGUGGCCACUAUUGCCACCACUUUUGCUGCUCUGCUUUCUGUUCUGCAGCUCAGUUGUUCGGUUAUUGUUGUUGUGCAUCCUGGCGUUUUGAAAACAUACCAAAUAGAAAGGCAAUUUGCAGCCCAAAACCCCAAAUACGAUCAGCUCGAAAAUAAUAGCCAAUUAAGUGUGGCCAUCGACAGCAGCAGCAGCAGCGUUGCAGCGAGAGAACAAUAAGCAAAAGAGAGCGCCGCGUUGUGAAAGUGCCAGCGAAAAGUCAGAUUAAAUUGAAGGCAAGCACAAUCGCCCGAGAAAAUGUAAAGCGAUUUGCAAAGCUACCCAUGAAAGAUGCGAGCUGGAAAAAAACAGGCAGCUGAAAGCGUCAAGACACGUCCUUGCAUCGUCUACGUGAGGAAUCUGCACGAGGAGUCGCCUUCGCGUGGAGGCACGCCAGCCGGCAAACUGAGGAAGAGAGAUAACCAGCGGGAGGCGCAGCAGGAGCUGCGAGAGACCCGCACAAGACGUCGCUCCGUGGUCCAGGAAAAGCCCACUCCGCGCACCAGGCACCAGGCUGUCAAGCCAGCGUCAUCGCCAUCACCAUCACCGCCGUCGGCGCGUUCCAAGCUCAUCAGGGAGUCCGUCAAGGAACAGCAAUCCAGCAAUCUGGCUAAGCGACGCGGCAAUCUCCUGCUGGGAGGCGGAUCUCAUCCCCAGCCCGGUAGUCACCACAAGCUGGGUCUGCUCAAGCCACAGCAACGGCGCUCCGUCCAAGCGGAGUCGCCCAAGAUGUACAAACAACCGGCCGCCAAGCAUAUAUCGGAGAGUCCGCCGCCCACCAUUGCGGCCAGUCGGUCACGGCGGUCGAUCAAACCGAAUCCGAAGUACGCCAGCGAGGAUAUGGUGACGCCAAAGUACUUGGCCACCUUGGCCGAUGGCGGUAGCCAGUCCAUCGGUAGCCGCGGCCGGCAUGCCAAGCAGCUGUUUACGAACGACGACGACAUCAGUGAUCUGCUGGAACUGGACGAGGACGAUGAUGACGAGCUGGCGGACGCCGCCUUCAAUCCCCAACUGCACAAGUCCGACGAGGACGACGACGAUGACGAGGACGAGGACAUGAGCGAGGCCGAGUACGAACAGGAGCUGCGACGCAAGCCGCCGCCCGUCAAGCGUGGACGUGGACGUCCACCGAAGGCGAGCUAUGCCAAUGCCAACGCGACCAGCGCCGGCAAUCUGACUUCCAGCGGCGCAACUUCCAAGAUAUCCAUCAAUUCGAGCGGCGGCCGCAAUGCACCCAGUAGCCUGCAGCAAAUGCGUCGCACCAUGGCCAUGAAUAUGGCACGAAGCAAUGCCAGCAUGACGGACGGAUCUGGUUCCGCCACGGCCAAACGCAAACUGGACACCAGCGAAAACGAAAGUCCCGUGGCCCGCAAGCGCAUGAUCAUCUCAUCCGCCGGCGGCGGUGGCUCCCAACAGCGCAACGUGCCCGUGGUGAACGGUGCCACCGGCAAGGCGGGCGCGCACAGUGCGACCACGGCGCGACCCAAGGUGGGCCAGGCGGGCAGUGUGUCAGCCAGGAUGCUGCCACAGCGUCGGGGCAGCAGCUACAAGGUGAACUCAUUGACGAACUCCAACUCGAAUUCGAUCAGCUCCACGCCAGCAACGCGCUCAGCUGGUGGUGGUGCCGCCAGCCACGAUGCGAAAAACGAAUCCGAGUCGGAGGACGUGCCCACAUUCACCAUUGUGAACAUCGAUGACAUUAUCAACCAGGACGAUGUGCUCAUUACCAGAUCACACAAUGCUAUGGCCGCCGCAGCCGGCGGCAAUACUAGCAAAAAGCUCCCUGUGGGCAGGCCCCGUACCAAGAAUAUCAACACCAGCAAUUUGGGAGCCGGCGAUAAGAAAUCCAUCACUGUCAACUCGGAGAAAUCCAUGCCCGCUGCUGCAAACAACAACACGGUGGGCAAUCAGGCCAAACGCAUCAAGAUCCUGGCAAGCAACAGCAGUGUUAACACCAAAAUGGGACCCGUGCAUAUCCAGAGUCAUCAGAGUCAUACGCAACAGACCAAGCCCCGGCCCAGGAUACUCAACACUGAAAUGGGCAAGAAGACGCAGUCGAUGAAGCCGCUGAUGAGCAUGGGCAAGGAGCUGUGCCCCACGGAUGUGGACACCGAGGAGGACGAUCCGGAUCCAGAUCUGGACUUCGAUGACGAUGAUAUACCGGCAUCGAUUGUGACCCGUAAGAAUCCCAAACAGGCAAUCGCACCAGCAGCAUCAUCUGGAGCAGCCGGGGGACACGCAUCCGCACUUAACAAGUGGACCAGCAAUCGCCGCAAUGUGCUGUCCACGACAGCGUCGACGGUGAAUUCGCGAGCGGACAGGAAGCUGGGCCAUCUGCUGGCCGAUGUCGAUGAGCAGCCUGUGUUCAAGAAGCCGAGCCUCAGUCCCCAGCGACGCAGCAAGGAGAAUCAUCUGCUGCAGCUGGAGCAGCGCGACAAGGAGGAGGCUACGCUGCGUGAGCUAUUGCCCACCAGUGGCGGCACCGACGAUGCCAGCAGUCCCAAAUACUUUCCGCCCGAGACCACCACGUUCUGCGAGGAGGAUGGGCGCGUGGUGAAGAAGAUCACCUGCUACGAGACGUGGCACGUGAUCAGUACGCCCAAGGAGACGCCAUCGAAGGUGACACGCCAGCAGCGCACCUGCCUGGAGCUGGCGCUGGUCAAGCUGGCCAAUGUGGCAUCCAGGAUUAAGGUGCCCUCCGUCAAAUGGACCAGCAAGGUGACCCUGUACAAGGUGUCGCCAUCGCUGAUGACCCGCCAGACAAUGACCAUUUUCACGGGCGAUCUCAAGGCGUACAACAUACCCGAGGAGGACCGCCACAAGUAUCAGCCGUCGUGUGUGCUCUUCCGACGCGCCGUCGUCGACAGGAGCAAGUGUCGGGUGCCCUACGAUCGGGCCAUCAUCUUCAAGAACAAGUGCUUCUAUGCGAACAUCGAUGGCAAGCAUGUGAAUCUGAUGGGCGCCCCCGAAACGGUGACCUCCAUCAAGGAUGUGGAGAUCCUGCUGGAUAUCGUCGACCGCCUGACGCUCAGCAGCGCCCUGGUGGAGAUGGUCAACACCAAGUGAGCGUGAGCUUGGCCCAGCUGGAUACACCUUAUCACAUUGUAAAAAUAAUUCACACACAGCACCCCCUUAUACACACACAAACACACGCAAACACCCACAUACACAAACACAAUGCGGACACUCGAUAAUUUGUUUUAUGCAGUAGUAAACGGAUACUAUACAAGUUUUUUUUUGUAAAACCAUUAACUUAGUUGUAAUAGCUAGUGUAGCGUAAAUUUAUAUAUAUAUAUAUAUACCGUAUAUCUUAAACAGCAGACGGACAUACAUAAAUACAGACGGCAGGUGUAUCUAUGUAAUAAAUAUUAAACAAUAUUGCGUAAAAUGCUCGCCGAACUCGAAGGGAAUGCAAAGUUCCGUGCGGCCGAGGUAUCAAUCCUGAUUUUAAUUUUAACUACGUUGGAAUAUAUCCCCCCCCUUCUCCCAACUCCCUUUCCCUACAAGUUCACACUUUCGGAACCCCUUUUUUAAAACGGCAAUUAUCGUAGUUCAUUUAAUUAUGUUAAGCCGGGCGUAUAUGUGUCUACGCCCGCGUGGAGGACUAGCUUUUAAGUCGAGUGUAAAUUUAAGUGAUCCCCUUCAAAGCAUACAAAUAAAAGAGAAAACUGAUUUAAAUAA